AUGAGCGACGACGAGGAACCUUUGAACUUUUCAAGUUCCGCCAAAAAGCUUGAAUGCUUUUCACCAAAUGAUGAUAAGAUUAGCGGCUUCCGGUCAUUGUUUGCAAACCCGAUUUUACUUGGGAAUCCCCUAUUUGCAAACUCUCCCUACAUGCAUCCGAAUAUGGCUGCAGCUCUCGCUUUAUCAAUGAGUCAACAGACAAGAUUCAACAGUGAUAGCCCACCGGAAUACGAUGGAACCACAGUGUCAGUCUCUUCUUAUCCAGCAUCAAUGGUUAGAGAACCAUCUCCAUCCGAUUGCUCACCAACUCUCUCAUGUGCUGUUUGUGGUGAUGUGAGCAGUGGGAAACAUUAUGGGAUACUUGCUUGCAACGGUUGCUCUGGAUUCUUUAAACGCUCUGUUCGUCGUCGUCUUAUUUAUCGAUGCCAAGCUGGCACAGGAAGCUGUGUCGUUGAUAAAACUCAUCGAAAUCAAUGUCAAGCUUGUCGUUUGAAGAAAUGCUUGCAAAAAGGAAUGAAUAAAGAUGCCGUUCAAAACGAGCGCCAACCGAGAAACACGGCAACUAUUCGGCCGACAAAUGAGCUCGAGUUCAAUCCACACAACUUUCUCAGGGAAUACGCUGGCGCCGUCUCAGCUGUCCUUUCUCAACCUGAUUCAACUUCAUUUUUUGUCGGAAACGCUUUCACUUCUGAAAUUAAACCAAAUGAGGAAAAGAAUGGAAAAAUCUCUUUUGAACAACGUCUAAAGCAAGCAAUUGUUUGGGCAAAAGCUCAGAAAGCUUUCAAAAUCUUUGAUAAUGGAAUCAAGGAAAAUUUACUCCAAGCAAACUGGCCAUUCUUGAUUUUCAUUUCGAACUUCGAAACUCAAAACUCAUUUGAUUCAUCACUUUUACCUCUAACUGAAGUGAUUGAGAGACUUCAACCAAGCAAAACUGAAUGGAAUCUUUUGCGAGAGAUUGCUUUGUACUCUGACUCGAGACUUUCUUGUGAGCGACAAGUUGAAUCGGCGUUAAAUGAUGCUCUCUCAAUAUUGGAACAAGAAACAAGUCAAGCUGGUAAAACUAGAUUCUAUCGACUUUUAUAGAAUUGGAAAACGGCUCAUGAACAGUGUUUGAAGACUGGCGGUGAGCUUCCCUCCAUUCACAACGCCGACCAAAACGCGUACAUUGCCAAGUCGGCGCAAGGUUUCACCGGCGAGACCCAGAACUGGAUCGGCAUUGAGGGUGACGCCUCUCAGCACCAGUGGAAAUGGACCGACAACACCCCACUUGACUAUCAACAGUUCAAAGGGCCAGCAACCGACUUUUCGCUGAAUGCCUACUUGGAUGCGCAGGAUUUGAGGUGGAAACUGGUGCCAGAGACCGAGAUGCACACCUUCACUUGUGUGGCCGGCAUCAUCCCCUGGGCUGUGGCUCCCGAUGGAACUCCAUUGAGGGCCUACAGAAACAAAUUAGCAUUGAUUAGCAUUGCAAAU